AUGACCAAUCCCAUCACCGACUCCUCCGGUGAUCCCGUCACUCUCGACGACAACCUCGGCCUGCGCCCUCGCGCCCGCGCCGUCUCCGGCCUGCGCCCCUGCGCCCGCGCCAUCUUCGGCUCAGCGCCGCCCAUCAUCCAGCUCGCCCUCUCCAUCGCCACCUCCAUCUUUGUCGUCACCGUCGACUUUGUCCACUACUUUCUCACUGCCGCCCGCCGGCUCGUUGUGUGCGCUCGCGAGCGGUUCACCGCCGCUUGCGCUCUCUCUGCGGCCUGCGUGGCUCGCGCCAAGACUCGCGUCGCUUUCGGCUCCGGAGUCUUCUGCGUUUUUACCAUCCUGCUCACCGUCAUCCUCGCCGUCGCUGUUUCUGGACCAACACCAGUGCCAGUCCCCGCAGAGCCGCUUCCAGACACGAUCUCCAUCAACGGCGCCUGCCAUUUUGCGCUCACCAGCUCCUCUGCAUCAGCACAGCCUCCAGGAAGGCCGCCAGGCGCUCCCGGAAGGCAGCCCGGAUGGGGAAGCUUCGCACAAAUGGUGGGGGUCGGCUUACUGCUCGGGCUCGUCGGGCUCCUCCCCGCUGGCCCGGCCCACUCCUGCGGCCCGCUGGCGCUGCCGCGGCCCCCACGCGGCGGCCUGCUCCAGAUGCAGACCGCGGAGGACGCCGCCAAGCAGGCGUGGCUCGCGCGCCAGUCCGCGCCGGCCUUUGGGCCGAGCGGAGGCACUCCGACCAUGGCUCCGCGGCCUCCGGGAGGUAUGUCGCCUCCGGGGUUGCCUCCGCCGUUUGGUCUUCCACCGCCCAUGCCGCGGCCGGGCCUGCCGCCGCCGAUGGGCGGGAUGCCGCCGCCGAUGGGCGGGAUGCCGCCGCCGAUGGGCAUGGCGCCGCCGGGGAUGCCUCCUCCGUUUGGGAUGGCACCACCAAUGGCGCGGCCAGGUAUGGCGCCGCCGAUGAACGGGCUGCCGCCGCCGAUGGCGCGGCCGGGGAUGCCGCCUCCGAUGGGGGGUGGCGUCAUGCCCGGGAUGGGUGGAGGUCCUCCGGGCAGCGGCCCGCCCGGUGGCUUCCAGCCCUCCCGGCCGGGUAUGGCCCCUCCGCCUCCGAUGGGCGGCAUGGGCUUCGGGAACAGCAACCCCUCCUCCCGACCUGGAGGGCCGAUGGGAGGCUUUGGCUCCUCGCCCGGCUUCGGCGGCCAGCGGGGCGGGCAGGGCGGGCAUGUCGUCGGGCCGGCGAGGGGACGACUGGCAGCCCUCGCGCGGAGGGGUGCAGCCGGGCCGCGGAAGCCAGUCGCAGCGCCCGAGCAGCUCGACUACGUCGAGCUCGAGGACCCGCAGGGCAGGGCGGCGUGGCAGGAGGAGGCGCGGCCCCGCGCCUCGGCUCGAUCGCAGCUCCACCUCGGCUUCGCCGGCCCUCCACCCCGGCCCUCCACCCCGGCCCUCCGGACCACCGCCGAGUACGAAGACUACUGGCUGCAGGGCGGCCGGCAGUACCGGCGCGACGCGCUGGCGAGCUUGCGCCGGCAGAGCAACGACCGCGGCUCCAACAUCCGGUGGGAGGCGGAGCAGCAGGCGGAGCAGCGCGAGUGGCAGGCCGAGGUGCAGCGGCGCAACUCGCGCGACGCAUUCUCGCGCGCGAGCCUCGACAUGCAGCAGCCCGCCUACAACGAAGUUGAGGCGGCGACGCCGUGGCUGGCCGAGGGCGGCCGCCGCCACCAGCAGGACGGCGCGGGCCACGACGAGGUGUGGGUGCACUGA